UUAAAAUAUAAUUUUUGUUAAUUAUGUAAAAAAAUUUUAUAUUUUUAGGUGUAAAAAUUGGAUUCUGUCUAACCUUUUUUUACUCCUUUACACAUACAUAUAAGUAAUUAUUUACAGUUCUUUUGGUAUUAUUUUGGGUAAAUUUUAACUUUUAAAAAAUUUUCAAAAUUUUAAUUUUUUGAGUCAAUUUUACAUUUUUAAUUUUGAACUUGCACCUUCAAUUCUCAACUUAAGAUUCCGAUUUUUCCCCUUAUCUCACAAUAUAAUUUAACUUUUUAUUUACAUUUAAUUGAUUUAAUCAUUUUUAAUAUUUGAGUUAAUUUAUUUAAUUUUACAGUUAUUUUUUUUGACUCUUUUGACACUAAAAAUGAAUUCUACACAAAGUAAUAUAUUAACACAAAUUAUAUUACUCAGUUAAUAAUAAUGGAGAGUAUAUCAGAUAAUAUAAAGAGUAUAAUAGAGUGUGUAGGUAUGGUUGGUGAGAAUGUGACGAUGCCAUUGAAUGUGUACUGUUCACUAGUGAAAUGUGCACUUCAAAAUUCAACUUUAGGUCUCACUUCUCUUCUACCUCGUGAUCCCAAAUACUCUGGUACCUUUUUUAAUUCUGAGAUAAAGAAUACUAUUGACUCGUUACUACGUAUCUCUAAUGCUGAGACUGAGAAGAUGACAAAAAUGCCAAUGCCCCCGGAGAUUAAAAAAGGUCACUUGGAAGGUGAACUUAAGGACUCACUUGAUAGAGUUAAAUCCGAGCUACUUCAACAUUACUCAUUCUACUAUAAUCUUGAAGAAUACGAUAUUCCAACCAGACUAAACCUAUUAUCGCAACAUACCACUCAAGAUAACACAGAGAAUGAUUAUAAGAAAUAUUUGAAGGAGUAUAAAGUGAGUGAUGGAGUAAUGGAUAUGGUGGAGAAUUUGAAGAACAAUUUUGAAAAUAUUAAUGAAAGAAUUAAAUUAUUAGAACAUGAACUUGAAAAUGAAAUUUCAGAUCCCAAUACCAGAGAAUAUCAAUAUAACAACACAAAUUCAUAUGCUGUUGAAUGGGAUGAGUUGGAGAAUAUGAAGGAGCAUGUGAGGAAUUUGUACGGUAAUUUGCAUAAUCAGGCGAAGGUGAAUCAGAAGAAAAUUGAUGUGUUACAAAAGAAAUUACAAACAUUUAAAGCACACACAAGAUUAAUAAAUCAAAGAGAUCCAAAAGAUAAACGAAAUGCCAACUAAUUUAACAAAUAUCAAUAUAAUUUAUUUAUUA